AUGUCUCACCAGAAAAAGCAGCCCACUCCCUGUCCUCCCGUGGGUUGUGGAAAGACCUCUGGCGGAGGAGGCGGUGGCGGAUAUUAUAGCGGUGGUGGUAGCGGUGGCGGCUCCAGUUGUGGAGGUGGCUCAUCUGGAGGAGGCUCCAGCUGCGGUGGAGGCGGUGGUUCCUAUGGAGGUGGUUCCAGCUGCGGCGGCGGAGGCGGCUCCGGUGGGGGCGUCAAGUACUCCGGGGGCGGCGGCGGCGGCUCUAGCUGCGGCGGCGGCUACUCCGGAGGGGGCGGCGGCUCCAGCUGUGGCGGCGGCUACUCCGGGGGCGGAGGCGGCUCCAGCUGCGGCGGCGGCUACUCCGGGGGAGGCGGCUCCAGCUGCGGCGGUGGCGGCUACUCCGGGGGUGGCUCCAGCUGUGGAGGCUCCGGUGGGGGCGUCAAGUACUCCGGUGGCGGUGGCGGCGGCUCCAGCUGUGGCGGCGGCUACUCCGGCGGUGGCGGAGGCUCCAGCUGCGGCGGAGGCUACUCCGGGGGCGGCGGCUCCAGCUGUGGAGGCGGAUCAGGAGGCGGCGGCUCCUACUGCGGAGGCUCCUCUGGAGGUGGCAGCUCGGGUGGCUGCGGCGGCGGUUCCGGAGGGGGCAAGUACUCCGGUGGCGGCGGUGGCUCCAGCUGCGGCGGUGGAAGCGGCGGCGGCUCUAGCUGUGGCGGCGGCUACUCAGGCGGUGGUGGCUCCAGCUGCGGCGGCGGCGGAUACUCCGGUGGCGGCGGCAGCAGCUGCGGAGGUGGUUCCUCCGGUGGUGGUGGCGGCUCCUCUGGAUCGGCCCAACAGUAUCAGUGCCAGAGCUACGGAGGAGGUUCUAGCGGUGGCUCCAGCUGCGGCGGCGGCGGCUACUCCGGGGGCGGAGGCUCCAGCUGCGGAGGCGGCUCGUCCGGUGGUGGCUCUAGUUGCGGCGGCAGCGGCGGCGGCUACUCCGGUGGUGGCGGUGGCAGCUGCGGCGGCGGCUCCUCUGGCGGCGGCGGGGGCUAUUACUCCUCGCAGCAGACCAGUCAGAGCUCCUGCGCCCCCCAGCAGAGCUACGGAGGGGGCUCUUCUGGCGGAGGUGGUAGCUGUGGAGGUGGCUCCUCCGGUGGCGGCUGCUACUCCAGCGGUGGUGGCGGCGGCAGCGGUGGCUGCGGUGGAGGCUACUCUGGUGGCGGCGGCGGCAGCUGUGGCGGCGGCUCUUCCGGGGGCAGCGGCGGUGGCUGCGGAGGCGGCUACUCUGGUGGCGGUAGCGGCGGCUCCAGCUGCGGCGGCGGCUCCUCUGGAGGCGGAUCUGGAGGUGGCAAGGGUGUGCCAGUCUGCCACCAGACCCAGCAGAAGCAGGCGCCUACCUGGCCGUGCAAAUAA